AUGGACUCAUCCCAGAUCGCUCGUUCAGAAGAGUACUAUGAAUUGGGUACACAUUCUCGACAGAUAACAACUGUGUCACCGGAUGCCCAACUAUGGUUCAACCGAGGGCUUCAAUGGUCUUACGCCUUCAAUCACGAAGAAGCAGUACGUUGCUUUGAAAAAGCAACAGUAUACGCCCCGAGUUGUGCAAUGGCCUGGUGGGGAAUAGCGUACGCAUUAGGCCCUAAUUAUAACAAAGCCUGGUCUCGAUUUGAUCGGUUGGACCUGGAACAAACCAUACCCAAAGCAAAAGCAGCGCUAUCUCGAGCUAUACAGCUGGCCAGAAAGGCUGACCCCGUAGAGCGCGCCUUGUGCGAUGCUCUUUCAGCACGGUUUCCAUCGCUUGAGAUUCCGAGUGACUUGACACCGUUAGACCACGCCUACGCCAACGCAAUGCGAUCGGUAUAUGAGUCAAACAGAGACGACCUCGAUGUCGUAGCUUUAUUUGCCGAAGCACUAGUCUGCACUAGAGCCCGAGACCUGUGGGAUCUGGAUACAGGGAAACCCACCAGCAACUGCACAACUGAAGCUCGCGCCGUCCUGGAAUCUGCUAUGGCCAAGGACAGUGGCAAAACCCAUCCUGCUUUCUGCCAUAUGUAUAUCCACUUGAUGGAGAUGUCCCCGUUCCCCGAGCUGGCAUUAUCCGCCGCGGACACUCUGCGCCACCUCGUCCCCGAUGGCUCCCACCUGAUGCAUAUGGCAACUCACAUCGAUAUCGCCUGUGGUGAUUACUGCCGUGCAAUGCAUUCAAAUCACGAUGCUAUGUUGGCGGAUAAUCGAUACUUCUCCAAUAAUGAGUCAAGCUCCGUCUUCUAUAUAAUGUAUCGAGCACACAACGUUUAUGCCAAAUUAUAUGCAGCCAUUAUGCUUGGGUAUCAAGCCGAGGCUUUGUCGGCUGCUAAGCAUCUUUGGGAAAUCCUUACUCCCGAGGUUCUAUCUGUGUCAUCUCCUCCUAUGGCUGACUGGGCAGAGAGCUACCUCGGGGCUUUGGCACAUGUCCUGGUGCGAUUCGGCCGGUGGGACGAUAUCCUGCAGUUGGAGCUCCCAUCAGACCGUGAGCUUUUCUGUUCCACUAUCGCUAUGCUUCUCUAUGCCCGUGGAAUUGCAUUAGGCGUUCUGGACCGUAUUGACGAAGCUGAGACAGCCCUAGCCCAAUUUGAAGUUGCGCGGGCUGCAGUACCGGCAACCCGUCUCAAUAGCCUGCCUAGCAAGGAAGUUGAUGUCCUACGUAUCGCGUCAGCCAUGUUAAAGGGGGAGCUGGAAUAUCGCAAAGGAAAUUAUGACCUAGCAUUUUCUAACUUAAGAAAAGCUGUGCAACUGGAAGACUCGUUGCCUUAUACUGAUACACCUCCCUGGAUGCAGCCGGUACGCCACGCCCUUGGUGCUCUGUUGCUGGAGCAAAAUAAUAUUGCAGAAGCAGAGGUCGUUUAUAGAGAGGAUCUUGGUUUUUCUGAUACGUUGCCACGCCGGCGUGCGCGGCUCAACAAUGUUUGGGGCUUACAUGGGCUUUACGAAUGCUUUGUACGCUCUGGGAAGACUUCGGAAGCUUUGCUCAUCCGUACCCAGCGCGAUGCUGCCCUACUCAAGGCGGAUGUUCCUAUCACUGCUUCGUGCUAUUGUCGAUUGUCUACAAGAUCCGAUGAGGAUUCAUGUUGCCGUAUUUCUGGCUAG